AUGUGCCAAAAGGAACCAAGUCUAUUUAAUGAGAACUCAGGAUUGGAUUUGAAAUCUGACGGAUUCACUUCUACGUACAUAACGCAAAGUAACAUUAUCUGUUUUUUGCAGGUCGCAACAGUGGUCGCAUCUGGUCGGAAUAUCGCUGUAUUUUUAUCUUUACAAUUUAACCAAAUGAGAUACUUGUUGUCAGGUCAAUCAAAAAUAGGCGAAAGAAUUGGGUCCAAAAAAUGCACCGUCAACUCCGGUUUUUGUACAGGAGAAAGUCGUUCAAAGUUGGGAAGUUUGGUAACCAACUUAGCGAAUAUCUCGAUGAUGUUUCAAUCCUCUUUGAUGGCAACUUCAAAUGGUCGGUUUAUUUCUAUCUUCAACUUUGUUCGGUUGGGUAUGAUGUAG